CGCCGCCGGCGGGAGGAUGAAGCGGCCCAACAUCCUGCUGACCGGCACCCCAGGAGUAGGAAAGACCACACUGGGCAAAGAACUCGCUACAAGAGCGGAACUGAACUACGUCAAUGUCGGUGAUCUGGCAAGAGAAAAGCAGUUAUAUGAUGGAUUUGAUGAAGAAUAUCAGUGUCCCAUUUUGGAUGAAGACAGAGUAGUUGAUGAACUAGAAGAUCAAAUGAGAAAUGGUGGGGUUAUUGUGGAUUAUCACGGUUGCGACUUCUUUCCCGAACGAUGGUUUCACAUAGUGUUUGUGCUCCGGACAGAAAACUCCCAUCUGUAUAAGAGACUGGAAAGCAGGGGAUAUAGCGAGAAGAAACUACAAGACAACAUUCAGUGUGAAAUUUUCCAAAUACUUUAUGAAGAAGCCAUGGCAUCGUACAAGAAAGAAAUAGUGCAUCAGCUGCCUAGCAAUACUCCAGAAGAACUAGAAAAUAAUUUAGAUCAGAUUAUAAAGUGGGUUCAGCAGUGGAUAAAAGACAACAACUGAACCUCGUUUAGCUGAAUUUCUUCUAGGUUUUUCCACACGGACACGGAUAUCUUGCCCUCGCCUCCCUCCAUAUUCCAGAGAAAUGAUCUUGUUGCUGAUAGACCAUUACCAUUUGAAAUGUUGGUUCAGAAAUAAGAGGAUGAUAAACGAGAUUCGCGGUUCUCUUUUUUCUCCAUGAGAAAUCAAGAAAAUUCCCAUUAUGAGUAAUGAGAUGUUGGAAGUUUGAGUAAAGAGUCAUCAUUCUCAUCAUCCAGCACUGCCAACUACUAAAAAGUGAAUUAAAAUGACUCAGUGGUUAAGAUAAUUCAGAAGAAAAUGAAGCCUAUUAAAAUGAAAGACUUUUGAGGCGAAUAUUAAAGGAUAAUGCUAUUGGUGGCCAAAACUUCCAUACCUUAGAACUUUGCUUGCAAAUUCAUUUGAACAAAACUUGAGAUUACAACAGAGUAUAAUCUUAAUGUUAUGAAAGGACAACAUUAUUUGUUUUCAAGACUGGUAUUGGGGGAAGCCAUUUGUGUAAGAAAUGAUUGCUAAACCCAGCUCUGAUGUUGACAUCUUUUAUAAUCGUAGGCACCGGGUUUCCCAUAACGGUAUCCAAGGUGGCCUCCUGCACCCGGAGCUCAAUGAAUGUUACGUGACUAAAACUUUCAGUCCUAUCUAGUUCACGAUAAAUCCCUGGUGAUCAUGUUUAUGGUAGUGGCUGCAUUAGAGUAAGCCAUAUGGCACUCCCUAGAAGAGGCCUACGGCGGCCAGAGAGGAUGGUUAGGUUUGGUGGUUGUCUCGAGUGCAAUUAUAGUUUCUUUUUUAAGGUACAUCUUUAAAUGUGUAUCUCCUGCUAUGAAUUACGGAUCCCCUGUCCAUUGUAUGUUGUCAGUUCCCUUGGAAAAAAGGGCUUUUAAAACCACUGUUCACCUUGCGGUCUUUUCCCCCUCAGCCAACUUAGUAAUUACACUCAGUUUUUCCAUAAUCCAUUUUUGCGUAUUUGGUAGAAUUAUGUUGGGUUUUCCAGGGACGUUCUUCUGACAAGGCACGUCUGCCUGGAUAGAAUGCAAUUAUAAUAUAGGAAGAAGCGGUUGUACAGAUGUGAGUGGUGCCUGUCAAGGCGCGGGUAGACAAAUUUUAAGUUUUUCUUUAAGCAGGGUCAGUCAAGACCCUGACCCCUGUGUUAAUGGAGAGCUGAGUGUCAUUUCGGAUCAAACAGGCUGAUUUCAGUUAAAAGGAGUUUCAAAAUGAAAUGGGUUCCUAUAUGUCCGGUGCAUAGUACGUAUUUCCUUUAUAGUGGAUUCUUAAAAUUUCAUAUGGAGUUUGUUAUAGUCACCCAGAAGAUGGGCUGUUGAAACAAUGAAUGAACAAAAUUCUUGGCCCUACCUCUUCAAAGGUACACAGCUGAUUAAUCAGAAGGCAAUUGAUUGAGGAAGAAAGUUCUGUCUUAAGAAGGUGUUCUGGGCUCAUUUUCUACCUGAAGUAUAGCAGUGAGAAGAGUGACAAUUGUACAUGUUCUUAUACUGGGGUGAGGCUUUUUCCUUCCCUUUGCCUUAAUUUUCAGAACUGGAUGGGGGGAUUCCAAGUGUAUCCGUAAUUUGCUCUACCAUCUACCUUACUCUAUAGAUGUGGCCUUAAGAAGUUAUUAUCCUUAUCAAAUGUGUAAUAAUCAUACUGUGGUUGAGCAUAGCUUUCCAGAUGGAAGAUGAGGGUUAAAAAUGGGAAAAUGUACAUGGGAAUAAACACUCUACAGAAAUUUUGUAGCAAAUAUUUUGUUGAUGUUUUGCCGAACAGAGUUAUGAAACAGGGUUUGUUUCAAACACGGUCCAUUGACAUGUCAUUGUACCUGUGAAAGCUGCCUAAGAAUCACUCGCUUUCAAGACAAGAUGUCACAGUCCCAGUUGGUUUUUUUUGUAGAGCUGCAGGGCUAGCAGGGUGCUCUGUAUUCCAAAUAAAGAAUGAGCGAAAUCUG